UUCUCUCUAGAACAAUACUUGAGAGGGAGAGAAAAGGUGACGACCAGAAUUUUAAUAUUUUAAUAUCGUUUAAUUAAAUAUUUUAUUUUAUUACUUAAUUUAAUUUAAAAAAUAUUUUCUUUAAUUUUGCUAAUUUAGUUUAAUUUAAUUUUUUUUUUGGAUUUUAAUUUUUACUAUAUAUACGUAGAUGCAUGUAAGCUUUUAAUUUUUGAGUAAUAUAAUUGGCAAAGUUUAUCUCUCAUUUUUAAUUAUUCUGGUAUUUUUUAUGAAUAAAAAAUUUUAAAUCAAUAUUUAUAAACAAAUUAACAGUGUAGUUCGAUUCUUGUUCGUCACACCUUUUUCUACUCGCUUCCUGCAUCACAACAGCAAUGGCUGCAGCUUCUUCAGGUGCGCCAAAAGCUAUGCAGGGAGCGACGAAUACGGAAGUCACAUCACAGGCAUAUCUGGAAAGCAAUAAAGUCGAAGAAACAAAGGCUUUGAUCUCAGAGCUAUGCCGUCAAUUCUAUGACCUGGGGUGGGUCUCCGGUACAGGUGGUAGCAUCACCAUCAAGGUUCACGAUGACUCUAUCCCUAAACCCCAACAGCUCAUCAUCAUGUCCCCUUCUGGUGUGCAAAAGGAAAGAAUGGUGCCAGAGGAUAUGUAUGUGCUAUCUCCGAGUGGAUCUAUAUUGUCUUCCCCACUGGCCAAGCCGUACCCGCAUAAGCCUCCCAAGUGUUCUGAUUGUGCUCCUCUGUUCAUGAAGGCAUAUGAGAUUCAUAAUGCUGGUGCUGUUAUCCACAGUCAUGGGAUGGAAGCUUGUCUUGUAACAAUGCUCAAUCCAUUAUCAAAAGAAUUUCGGAUUACUCAUAUGGAAAUGAUCAAAGGCAUUCAAGGGCAUGGUUAUCAUGAUGAGCUUGUGGUCCCCAUAAUAGAGAACACUGCCCAUGAGCGGGAGCUUACAGAAUCUCUCACUGAAGCUAUUGAAGCUUACCCGAAAACAACAGCUGUGCUAGUAAGGAACCAUGGCAUAUACAUAUGGGGGGAUUCUUGGAUCAAUGCUAAAACUCAGGCUGAAUGUUAUCACUACCUCUUUGAUGCCGCCAUUAAACUUCAUCAAUUGGGCCUGGACUGUUCUUCUCCGAGUCAUGGUCCCAAUCAUAGUUUUAGAGGAGUUGGCGGUGGUGAUUGGAAUGUAAACCUCUCCGCAAAGGCUCGAAAUCUUAUUGCAAAUCAUGAUACUGAACCAGCACGGCGUUGCAUUGUUCUGGAUAUCGAGGGGACCACUACUCCUAUAUCUUCUGUAACUGAUGUUCUCUAUCCAUACGCUCGUGAUAAUGUAGGGAGACAUAUAUAUGCUACAUAUGCCACUGCAGAAACUCAAGAUGACAUUAAGCUGUUGCGCUCUCAAGUACAGAGUGACUUAGAACAAGGAAUUUUUGGUGCUGUGCCCAUUCCGUCUGAUGAUGCAGGGAAAGAGGAGGUGAUUGCAGCUUUGGUAGCUAAUGUGGAAGCAAUGAUAAAGGCUGACAGAAAAGUUACUGCCUUGAAACAAUUACAAGGUCAUAUAUGGAGAGCCGGAUUUCAGAAUAACAAAUUAAUGGGUGUAGUUUUUGAUGACAUACCUGAAGCUCUUGAGAAGUGGCAUGCUUUGGGCAUAAAGGUGUACAUAUAUUCUAGCGGCAGCAGGUUGGCACAAAGGCUUUUUUUUGGCAAUACAAAGUUUGGAGACCUGAGAAAGUACAUGUUUGGGUUUUUUGAUACAACAGUGGGGCACAAGAGAGAAUCAAGAAGUUACGUAGAGAUUUCACAGUAUGUGGGAGCGGACAACCCAUCAGAGAUUUUAUUUGUAACCGAUGUCUUUGAAGAAGCCGUAGCUGCCAAGGCAGCAGGUUGGGAGGUGAUGAUUUCUAUCCGGCCAGGAAACGGACCUCUUCCAGAUAAUCAUGGGUUUAAGACAAUCCAGUCUUUUUCAGAAAUCUAAGGCAGGAUCAGGAUGAAUUCUUCUGUAACCUUAUCAAACGUGACACAGGUGUAAUAUGUUAAGUCACCAUAUAAUAAUUAAACAAGUUUUGUUAUACUUUGAAGCAAACUUGUUGGUUAUUUUGAUUUCUAUUGCUGCCCUUUCCCUUCCCUUCCCUUCCCUUCGGCUUGGGUCCAGAGCUCAGGACUUCUGCUAUGGAGUUUGUUUAUGAGGCUAAUGUUUGAUUACCUACACAGGUUAUAAAAUCAAACUCUCGC